CCCUCUCUCCCUCUCCACUUUGGAGCGCGCGUAAAGGGCUCUCCCGUGCGCCCGCCGGUUACUUCUCCCUCUCGGCAAGCCGGCGCGGCCAGCAGAUGGCUCCGGUUUCUCGGCUGGCCGAGGCCUCCCGAAAGAAGCUCCUCUUUUCCGCCUCUUUUCCUUCUCCCCCGCUCCCCCGCUCGGCGACCUCGGAGGGGCUGGUCUUCCUCGAGGCCGAGGCUCCGAGAUCCGGUCUAUGGAGCCGAAGAGUCCGCGCCUUCGGGGGAGGCUUUGGCUCCCGGUCUGAACCAAAACGGCCGAGCAAAGACGGGCUUGGCGUCGGGGUGGCGGGUGGGACCGUUCAAUUGCGAUCCCCUCCCAGCCUCUAUUCUUCGAAUUGGAGCAGGGGGUUGGACUAGAAGACCUCUGAGGUCCCCCUCCAACUCUGAGAUCUUAUGAUUCUUGCCCUCCGUCCACCCAGCCGAGGCAUCCUCCGUCCUUGAGGGGAGCAGAAAAGAAGCAUCUGAGCUGACAGAAGAUUUGACAAAAUGAUGUGUGUGUUUGUCUUUGGAACCUUCCCUCCUCCGCGAGGAACAGAGAUGGUGAUGACGGAACCUUUUCAGGCACCGCCGUUCUCAUUUGAAGAGGUAGCUGUGUACUUUACAGAGGUAGAGUGGCCACUCCUGGACGCAGAGCAGAGGGACCUGUACUGGGAUGUCAUGCAAGAAAACUACGAGACUGUGGCUUCACUGGCUGUCGCAAUCCCCAAGCCUGAGCUGAUCUGUCGUCUGGAACGAGGAGAAGAGCCAUGGAUCCCUGCCCAGGCAGCUUCAGAGGAGAAAAAAAUCCCCCUCAACCUUUAUGAAGGAAACAACUUUGCUUUGGCUUCUCCCACUAUGCCAGCAAGCGAGGUGAUCGUGAGGGAGAUCAAGGAAGAGAUCGCAGAACCUGAAAUCUUGGAUCCACAAGAUCCCCCAUGGGCUUUGCUGAGGGCACCCCCAGAGAACCCUUCUUUAGUGUCAGAGGCCCGGUGUGGCCUGCAGAGACAGUGGGAGCUGCAGGCCGGGCACAUCUGGCGGGAGCCGUCCAGGCACAUAAGGGCAGCCAAUUCCAAGCGCUCCAUGUUCCACGUGGGCCGGAAGAAGCUCAUGUGCCCGGAAUGCGACCGGUGGUUUCACUGCAAGUCGGAAUUCUUGCUGCACUGGCGAACCCACACGGGGGAGAAGCCCUACGAGUGCCUGGCCUGUGGGAAGCGCUUCAUCCAGAGCUCCCACUUAAGUGCCCACCGGCGCAUCCACACGGGCGAGAAGCCCUACGAGUGCCCCAGGUGUGGGCGGAGCUUCAACCGGCGCUCCACCCUGACGGAGCACCUGAGGAUCCACACCGGGGAGAAGCCGUACAAGUGUCUCCAGUGUGGGGAGAGCUUCCGCUGGAGGCCCUACCUGACCAAGCACCAGAGGGUCCAUCUGGGCAACGCUGCCUACAGAGGCUUCAACAACAGAGAAGCCAUCUUUGAUGUCUCGUCCCUCCCUAAGCCUCUGGGAAGACUAGCGGCAGGUGACGCGAUUGAGGGUGGCGCCCCAGAAGCCGAGUCCCUACGUCCUGCCUCUGUCUUGUCAAAACCGUGCAGUGGGGUGAAGCCCAACCCUGAGAUCUGUGGGCUCAGGCAAGGCUCAGGUGGGCAGCCGCUCAGGUGGCCCAUAAAGACUGAAUCGGAGCCGCUCCCUGGUGGGAACGACGUCACCGACAUCAGCCAAAUCAAGAUCGUUCAGGUCGAGAAGAAGCACGUGUGCCACGACUGUGGGAAAGCCUUCCAGUAUAAAUUCGAGUUGGUGAAGCACCGCCGGACCCACACAGGAGAGAAGCCUUUUGAGUGCCUGGCUUGUGGGAAGCGGUUCUUCCAGAGCACACACCUCAAUGCCCACCUGCGCAUCCACACGGGUGAGAAACCCUACGAGUGCCCCAGGUGUGGGCGGAGCUUCAACCGGCGCUCCACCCUGACGGAGCACCUGAGGAUCCACACCGGGGAGAAGCCGUACAAGUGCCUCCAGUGCGGGGAGAGCUUCCGCUGGAGGCCCUACCUGACCAAGCACCAGAGGGUCCACCUGGGAGAGAACACCUACAGAUACUUCAACAGCAGGGACAGCCUUUAUGACAGCUCUUCCUUCCCAGAGCAUCAGGAGGAGAACCAACCGGAAUAUUUAACAUCCACCCCGGAUUUAAUCUCCCAACGAGAACCGUGGUGGCUCCAGAGCUCAGAGGAAAGGGAAAACCGAGAGAGUCAGAGUCAAGGCAAGGGACAAGUUGAACCAUCUCGGAUCCUAUCUGAGGGAGAAUCUGAAGGCUACAAAUCACCCACCAGCCCUGCUCCCCCUUACAAUAGGGCAGGACCCAAAGAUGCUUGUGACAACGUGACGGCCAAAGACCUGGCAGAAAAUAAACCACAGAAUGACUUUGUGAUAGGAGGAGUCGGUGAUGUGUUACCACGCAGCUCUGACAGAGAUGCUUCCUUACAGCCUGGAGUAGUUUUUAAAAGCAGAAACGCUUGAGGAAAAAAUGGACUGAAUCUGACAACUUCAGAUGAGAUCAUUUUGUCCUCCAGUUCUUGAUUUUGCCUUUGGAGAAGAUGACGAUAGGAAUACACAAACAGCCUGGCAGCUGAAAGACUACAGAAUCCAAUGCAAAACCUUUUUAUCCAGGAGGAAAAAAAAAGAAAAAAAAAGGAGCCUUACAGUCCCAAGGCCUCAUGCAACAUUUAAAAAGAACAAACUCAAAAAAACCAACAGUAUUUUUCUUUCUCCUCCAGUAUUAAUGGCCACUUACUCGUCCAAUUUGUACAGCUCUGAGGGCAGAGAGGAUGUCUUUAACCAGAUAAAAUAAUAUAAUUUUAUUAUUGUCAGAAAGACCAGCAGCAUACAGAAACCUCAUAUUUUUCAGCAUAAGGAAACUAAGAUAUUCCAAAUUUUUGUUCAGGUCUCUUGCAUUCCCCCGAUGUAGUCAUUUCCAUUUUCCAGCUUAUGACACACAAAAUAAGCAAGGGCCCAAAACAUGCCAACAGUGCCCUAAUUUUGGCCUGCUAACAGUUAAAGUACUUAACAUUCAGCUUCACUCCCUGACAAAUAUAAAAACAAUAUGAUCAGGAGAAAAAGAGGAAUGUGGAGAAUAUGAUUUUUGCUUUUUGUGUCCCAUUCACGUGUCCUUAACUAAUAUAUUAAUGUUUUGAAUUCUAUGUUGAUCUCUUUUUUAAAUUGAGUAAUUCAGGUGCAUGUUUUAUAACCAGGAAUUUUUUUUUUUUUUGUCAUUUAAUGACCCCAUAAUCCGUUGCAUCAGGGUGGAGUCGGGGCAACUGAAUGGAGCUGAGUGUUUACUGGCUGGAUGCUCUUCCUAUCGCCAAUGCAGAGUACGCAGCAGAUGUUUACUCAUUAUGCCCAGAGAGAGAUAUACCUGCCACUACCUAGGAUCAAACUCAUAGCUCCCCGAUUGUGAGGCAAAAGCUCUGCCUCUAGGCCACCGCACCUCUCGUUUUAUAACCAGGGAUACACUGAUAUAUUUCUGACCAGAGGUAAAAAAAAUUAAAAGAGUAAAUUGCAAGAGAGGUCAGCUGUUAAGGUGCCAUUGAGAGCAAGGUUUUCAAGGUUAAGGAUGCAUUUGUGCUCUUUUGAGUAAACAACUGUGCCAAAGGCUAAAUUUGCACAUGCUGAAAAACAGAUUAGAUUGGUUUCGUAGCCUUUAAGCCAGGGGUGGCCAUUCAUGGCAACUGUAAAACCUGUGGACUUCAACUCCCAGAAUUCCUGAUUCUUGCCUGGAAUUGAAGUCCACUAGUCUUAAGAGUUACCGAAGUUGGACACUCCUGCUUUAAGCCAUAAAGAAGAUAAUAAGCUGUGAGAAGAUGAACAUCGUUGCACAGAGAGCUGUCUAAAUGGUAGAGGGACGGAGGAAGGGAAGGGAAGGGAAGGGAAGGGAAGGGAAGGGAAGGAAGGAAGGAAGGAAGGAAGGAAGGAAGGAAGGAAGGAAGGAAGGAAGGAAGGAAGGAAGGAAACAAAAGUUUGCCAAAAAAAUGCAGGUAGAUAACAUUUGUCUAGCAUAACCAGGAUUCAGAAUCCAGCUGUUAAUGCAGAAUAUCACUUGAAUAUAAAAAUCUUGAUUGUGAGGUUUAAAAGUCAACAGCUAUUCUGACCUCUAUUACUUCCACUCCCUCCCCCCCUCCCGUUUUUGAACGUGUCUCUGUUUUUCUUCCUUGCCUAAGGAGUUUUAUUCUCACAUUUCACACAGUUUGGCAACCCUCUUGGAAAUUUCUUCCUGUGCAUUUCUUUCAUAAUCGUUCUCCAAUUCGAGAUAGAAAUGAGAAUGAAUGGUCCUGCAUUAAAAAGUAUAAAGUGACCUUGGGAGUCGGGUUUGACUUCUACAGACUCUGCAUUUUUCAUGACAAAAUGCAGAAAGAGUUUGCAAUUGCUUUUUUUUCUUGGGUCUUUCCCAGAUUUCAGCUCUGGCUCUCCUGGUGGCCUCCUGUCCAAAUAUUAACAAGACUCUGCCCUGCUUAGCUUCUCAGUUCAGACAUUCAGCCAGGUCCUGCCACUUCCUGCAUUUGUAGAUAUUUUUCUACAAAAUAUCAGUUCCAGGAUUUCCUCAGGCUCAGUGGAAGUGAGGGUGGGGAGGUUGCAUUUAAAAGAAGUGAUUGCAGAAAUGAAAAAUCUGUCUUUUUGAAUUUACCAUGUCAGACAAGAAUAAAUGAAACAUGAGCACUGGCC